UUAAACAGAAGAGCAUUAAAAGAAAAAGGGAGUUUGAGUCCAAUUUACGCCAAAUGGGAUUUUAUUUCACUCCUCCAAUUUCCCAAUUCCCAAUUCCCAAUUCCCAAACCCAUCACUAUAAAUCUCAGCCCUCCAUUUUCUCAAUUCCUCACUCCCUCAAAUGGAGAAGAAGAAUCAGAGCUUCCUCAACAAUGGCGUCCUCCGCCUCCCGCCGGGCUUCCGCUUCCACCCCACCGACGAGGAGCUCGUCGUCCAGUACCUCCGCCGGAGAGCCCUCUCCUCGCCGCUGCCGGCCGCCGUCAUCCCCGACGCCGACGUCCGCCGCUUCGAUCCCUGGGAUUUGCCAGGGGAAUUGGAGCGGGAGAGGUACUUCUUCAGCACCAAGGAGGCCAAGUUCUGUAAUCGAAGAACCUCCAUUAGAGCCACCGCCUCCGGCUACUGGAAGCCCGGCGGAAUCGACCGGAGAAUCGUUUCUUCCGGCCAAAAUCAGCUUGUGGGUUUCAAGAAGACGCUCGUUUUCUACACUGGGAAGGCCCCCAAUGGGCUCAGAACCGAUUGGAUUAUGCACGAGUACCGCCUUGUCCACGCCCCGGAAGCUCCUCUGUGCGCCAUUAAUGGCGGACAGUCCACCUUGAACUGCGACUGGGUUUUAUGCCGCGUCUUCUUGAAGAAGAAGAAGAUUUUGAAGCCAAUUUUUCACGAGUUUCUAAGAAGAAGAAACGGGACUGAUUUGAAUAUUUCCCCUUCUUGUUCUUCAUCCUCUGGCUCAGGCUCGAGUGGAGUUACAGAGAUUUCAGUAAAUAAUCGUCAUCAAGAACAAGAAGAAACCAGCAGCUACAAUUGUUUCACAACAACAUAUUAAGUUCAUAAUCAAACUUAGCUUUUAGCUUGUUUUCUUCUAUGUUCCAUGUCUCAAUCCCCUGUCUUGUUCAUCUCUUUUCUCUAUUUCCUCCAAAUUCUAAAUUCACUAAUCCAAUAAACUAGACAACUUCUACAAGAAA